AUGGCUGUGAAGCAUCUCUUUGUGGAGUAUGACAAGGUGAACGAACAAGGCACCUUCUCUCCUGGGGACAUCCUCUCUGGAAAGGCGAUAGUGGUGACGAGCAAGGAAAUCAAAGUGCAGUGUUUUUCGGUCAAAGCCAAAGGGAAAGCUAAGGUAACGUGGCACGAGCAAGAAGGAGACUCUGUAGUGGUCCACAGCAACAAGAAGAAAUACUUUCAUUUUGAACACAUUAUUCUUCAAGAUAAGAAAAAGGGAGAUGGUUCAGAAAUCAUCAGCUCCGGGAGGAAUGUGUAUUUAUUCAACUUUGUAAUUCCGAAUAUAGACAUGCCUUCAUCUUAUGAGGGGAAAUGGGGCAGGAUUGUGUAUAGUUUGCGAGCACAGCUGACUCAGUCAAUCUGGCUUGUACACAAAACCAAGACUGAGUUUCCUUUUCGGACCAAAUCUGAGUUUCCCUUCGCCUCCAAAUCUGAAAUGAUAAUCAUUGGACUUCAGGAGCAACAAUAUGCAUCUAGGAUUUCAUUUUAUGGCUCUGGAAAGGUUACUAUGAACGUUUCCUCGGAAAAAAUGGGAUUAAAGCAAGGCGAGGCAAUGGGAGUCUCUGUGGAAGUCCUCAAUGAUUCAGCACAGACAGUGAUACCCAAAUUCUACCUAUGUGAGAAGCAGACCUUUGUUGCUGAGUCAAAGAGAAAAGUGCACACCAAUGACAUCCUGUUUGGGACAGGAGACCCUGUUCCAGCUGAGACCAGUCAGACUACAACCAAAGUUCUGAGUGUCCCUCCGCAGCUCCCACCUACCUUCUUCAACUGCUCCAUGAUGAAGCUGGAGUACAGACUCAAGGUUACCCUUGAUGUCCCUAUGUUAAGAGACCCUGUAAUCAAACUCCCUCUGGUCAUCAUGCUGAGUUCACCAAAACCACAUCAGAAAAAUACAAAAAAGAGAUCCAUCUGGUUUACAAAACUUCCUGCUUAA